GGCAGGCGCGGCCCCGUCCAGGUGCUCCGCAAGGGCACGGCCGUGGGGAUUUACACUUGGCGGGACUGACGGCCGAGCCCCUCGCUCGCACGGGCCUCUACAAAUCCGCAAUGAGCCCCUGGUACGCCGCUCCCAGCGUCUGCCGUGGGCUAUUUUAGGCUAUGCUGCCCUAAAUCCAUAGGCCUGUAACGCAGAAGUGACUCACGGAUUUUAAAGAGGAACGCUACCAGGAAGGCAAGUUUGAUGGUUAUCGAGUCACCAUGUCUUGUGUGUUGUGUCUCCUCCAGGUUCUUCAAGCUGCACCUGGACUUCUCCCUGCGGAUGGGCUCGCGUGGGUGCACAGGUCGGUGUUAGGAAACCCUCCAGGGCUUCAGGGGCAUUGCUUCAGUUCUAAGGAGCAUCACCUUGUGCCGCAGGAUCUUGUCCUUUUUAAACAGGGCCAGCAUUUCCUCUGUCCUCAGAAGACCUCAAGAAAAGGUUCUAAGUGCUUAUUCAGGCAACAUUGGCAGAGGCAGAGGAUUGUUGCUGCAGCUGACACUCCAUGCUGCCCCGCCAUGUGCAGAGGCUGGGCAGAGACUGGAUCACCCACUGGAAUGGCUCCCAGAUUCUUGCCUUGAACAGCCCAGUUUCCAGCUGUAUGAGAUGGGCCGGACAUUAUCCUCCCUGGGCCUCAUUCCCACUCCCCAUUUCAGCUGAUUUUUCAGCAAACUGGAGAGUCCCUCCAUUUUUUGGACCUUGGAGACAAUUUCAGAACUCUAAUUGGCAUCUUGAUAACUACACACAAAGUUGUUGCUUUCAUCUGCCCAAUCCCAGUAUGAAAUCUGAGGGAGAAGCACCAUUGACAAAGAAGAGAAGACUCAGUGGCCAGGAUGAUACUUCAGCUCCUGAACAACAAAGAGACUUGUCUAAUCAAAAGGCAGAAUCUUGUCUUUCUGUAGCACAGAAUGAAGAAAAACACAGCAGCAAGAAAGGAUCCAUCAAAAGACACUGGGAAUAUUUCUGUCAGCAGAGUAAAACAAUGAAAAUCGCUAAAAAUAAAGGAUCUGACCAAAGCAGCACAGGAAGUGAGGCAACAUUUGAUUUUACAGUCAUGUCCUACAAUAUUCUCUCACAGAAUUUGUUGGAAGACAACUCUCACCUGUACAAACACUGCAGGCAGCGAUUGCUAUUCUGGACAUACAGAUUUCCCAACAUCCUACAAGAAAUCAAAGAGCUGGAUGCAGAUGUGCUCUGCUUACAGGAAGUCCAAGAAGACCACUAUAGAACAGAGAUCAAGUCAAGUUUGGAAUCCCUGGGGUAUCACUGUGAGUAUAAAAUGAGGACAGGCAGAAAACCUGAUGGCUGUGCCAUUUGCUUCAAAACUUCCAAAUUUAGCCUGAUUUCCUCAAACCCAGUGGAAUUUUUUCGCCGUGAUAUCCCACUCUUGGACAGGGACAACGUUGGACUGGUGUUGCUGCUGCAGCCCAGAUUUCACUGUAAAGCCAAUGCUGCCAUCUGUAUUGCCAAUACACACCUGCUGUACAACCCAAGGAGAGGGGACAUCAAACUGACCCAGCUUGCAAUGCUCCUGGCAGAGAUUGCCAGUGUGGCCCCUCGGAAGGAUGGCUCUUUCUGCCCAGUUAUCAUCUGUGGGGACUUCAAUUCUGUUCCUGGCUCUCCAUUGUACAGAUUUAUAAAGGAAGGAAAGUUAAAUUAUGAAGGACUUGCUAUAGGGAAGGUCUCUGGACAAGAACAGUUUCCACGGGGACAAAGAAUAUUAUCUAUUCCGAUUUGGCCAAAAAAAUUAGGUAUUUCACAAAACUGUGUAUAUGAAAUAAAACAGCAACAAAAGGAAGAAAAUGCAGAAGAAAAAUUGAAAGCAUCAAAAUCAGACAACGCUCAGGAGAUUGUAAUAGCAUCUGAAAAGUUGUCUUCGAAAUUGCGGCACCAUUUUAAAUUGUCUUCAGUCUAUUCUCAUUACUUCCCUGAAACUGGGAUACCAGAAGUGACAACUUGUCAUUCCCGAAGUGCUGUCACCGUGGAUUAUAUUUUCUAUUCUGCAGCAAAUGAUGGUACUGCUGACCAGCCAGGAGCAGAGGACUCUUUUUGUGGAGGUCUGAAACUUCUUGGCAGGCUAGCACUUCUAACAGAGAAAGAUCUUUGGACUGUUAAUGGUCUUCCCAAUGAAAAUAACUCUUCUGACCACCUGCCACUGCUAGCAGAGUUCAGGCUUAUUGAGCGGUGAUAUCCAAAGGACUUGUGGUGUAGGUAAAGUUCCCUUUACCUUCCCUCUCAUGGGAUGAUUAUUAUUAUUUUUUUAAAAGGUUAAUUCAAGCACUGCUGGUCCAGUUUAAAUAAGCUUUCCUGCAUGCUGACUUAUUAGUGCUGUGUAAAGUAGACUUUGUAAAGGGACUUCCUUUUAUUUUAAAAAAAUGUUUAAUUUACUUUAUGAAGUCUUUUAGGGAGAAAAAGGAUUUUACAUUGGCUUCCUCUCUGAUAAAGGAAAACAUCUGUGCCAGACUCCAAAUGGCAUUAUUUUUCAUGAAUAUGUUGUAAAUUAUUUUUAUUGUAAAUCACAGUAAAAAGGACUAUUCUGA